AUGGAGAUAACGUUUGAAUUUUUCUUCGACCUCGGAGUAGCAUUAGCACCUAUCAUAAUACCAAUAUCUAUCGUGGUACAUAGUGAAAAAUUGAAGAGGCAAUUUCAAUCAUUUUUGCGCAAAGUUGGUAUUCAUUCGAAAAACGCUCAGUCACUUGUCGAUUUUGAGGGAAACCAAAUUAAAAUAAAGGCAGGAGAGGAGACCGCAGCAUACUUCAAUCAAUUCAGAGCAGCUUGGUCUUGA